UCUGAGAGCCUACAGUAUCAGAUUCACAGAAGAGAGAAAUUUAUCAUUCUGGAGGAAUAUGAAGCUGUUUAUUUUACUACUAACAUCUCUGCUAUGGCUAAAUUACAUUCAAACAGCACCUACAUCAGAAGAACACAAUAGGAUUGACAGCAAAAAAUUAAAAGUGCUAUCUAAGAUCGGUGAGGAAUAUGUGGAACAUGAGAUAAAGAAUGCUUUACAAGGAAUUAGGCAAAUGAAAAAAGUAAUGGAAGCAAAUGAAGUAAAGCAUGAAAAUAUAUUAAAAUCACUGAGGAAAACCGCAGAAGAAAAAGAGGAAGCAGUGACACUUUACGAGGAUGUAAAUCAGAGGCUGGAUCUUGCAGAAACACAGUGUAAAGAUCUGAUGAAAACCAGUUGGGACACAUGCAAAGCUUGUCUUGAAAAAUCCUGCCUUAAAUUUUAUAUAAUCACUUGCUCUCAGGUGGGACUUCAAGCAUUUGCUACCAAGGUUCAGGAAAUCUUUAAAGAAUGGUCCCCAUUUACUGCUAUCUUACAAAAUGGUGAAGUGAAAGAGCUAAGUGAAAGCACAAAGAAGCAAGUCACCCAGCUGAAUCAAGCUGAUGUGUCAUUUAGCAAGAUGAUGUCUAAUGUCAGCAACUUGUUUAACCAAAGCAUACAGUUUUUUAAGAACCUACAUGAAGGAUUUGACAUAUCAUUCCAGAAUAUGUUUAUGGGAGAUGUGAAGAUUCCUGACAACGAAGCGCCUAAUACUGGUCCGAACAGUCCUGAGAUUAUAACUCACUGGGAUAUUUCAGGUUGGGUCCAGUCUUUUUGUAAUUUUAGCCAAGCCGUUUUUGAAGGUGUGACUGAUGUGGUGCUCAAAAUAUAUCAGGACUUCACUCGUGAAUCCAAGGGUCCAUUCACCCAGUUAGAUGAGUCUGCAAGUCACUAUGAUGAUCUGAUGUCUGACAAGAUGGUAUGUAAGGAGCUCCAGAAUUCUACAGGAUGUUUGCAAUUCCAGGAGAGAUGUCAGCUAUGUUAUGAUACAUUUACAAAAGACUGCCCUGAUGUAAUGGAACUUCUUGUCAAGUCUGAAGCAGCCUAUAAGCUGGUUAAUAUGUCUGAGCAGCAAUACGGAGACCUCGUCCAGCUUGUCCAACAGCACACUGAAGACACGGUUGAUACAGUGACCAGAAUGAAGGAAAGGUUUGGAUGGGUUGCAGAGCACACCAAUCUGACAUAUGGAUCUGAUCACAUCUUCAGUAUAGAAAAGGUGUCCUCCAGCCCAAGCAUUGAAUAUCCUGCUAUGAAUGAAACCUUUUUAGACGUGAAUGUCUUGUCAGCUCCCACUUUCACCAUCAAAGUCCCUGCUAGUAUAGAUAUUGAGAGUCCACAGUUCAUGCAGUACGUUGCAGAAAAAGCAUUAGAACGUUACAAAAAGAAUUUUUAGAAAAACACCAAGCAUUUAGUGAUAUUUGUGUGAUUUACUGGUCCCACCACACAUCAUGAUAGAGACACAGUUCUCAUUUCCUAUAUUGGAAGAGAAGAGAUAUCCUCACGCCAUGUCAAUGGAUGUAAAAACCUUGUAGCAGUGAAUUCCAUUGUACCGUAUUGUGUAUAUGGCAGUGGAUAUUGAGAUAAGCCCAGAUAUUUUCCUAGAGAAAGAAAACCACUCCAUCUAAAAUAUAAAUAAGGCAUUAAACUUUUUAAACCAUAUAUUUAAACUAUAUGAUCACACCGACUCUACAUUCAGGAGUGUCGUAGUGGAUUCAUCAUCACAAAGGCUUUAGGUGUCAGGUCAGAGGUAAAUUGAAAAUGUCCAGUUUGAAUAAGAAAAAUAUAUUUUUACAUUUACAGUGGCAAUCCACGUGGCCAAGCACAAAAGAUGUCUCAUAUAAUACCAUCAGAUAACCUUCUCCUCAGUGUGACUAGGUAACGGGUUAAAUAAGACAUUUAUAAUGUUCUGCUAUUAAACUUGCACAGUUUAAAUGAAUAUACAUAAACAUAUAUAUCUAUUAAAUUAAAUAGAACUAUUACUGUUUUAUCUGGGUAAUUUCACAUAUUAUACAUUAUUAUUAUUUUAUUAUUUAUAUAGCGCCAGCAAAUUUCGUAGUGCUGUAUAAUGGGUGGACUAACAGACAUGGAAUUGUAACCAGACAAAUGGAUGCACAGGAACAGAGGGGUUGAGGGCCCUGCUCAAUGAGCUUACAUGCUUGUCUGCUGCUUGCUUUUAAUAGCAUUAGUGAUAUAGAGAUUAAUAUGUAUUGAACAUGACAAAUAAAGCUUAUGAGAUGCA